UCCAUUAAAGUAAAGCAUUUACCCUUUUAAGGCAUUGACUUGAGCGGGAAACCAUUGGGCAUUAGUAUUAAGAUUGGGAAGAAACCCUAAAAGAAGAGUAGCUUUUAGAGAAGAAGGAAUCCACUCUCCAUUAAAAGCAAGGAGCUUGCUACAUCAGUUAACUGCUUUAAAAUGGAAAAAGAGGAAGAAUCUAAGGUUGUUUUGAAGCUUUUGGUGGAUGAAAAGAAGGAUCAAGUUGUUGCAGCUGAAGCCAAAGUAGAUUUUAUGGACAUAUUCGUUAGCCUUCUUACUUUACCUUUGGGAACCAUAAUACGGCUCAUUAAAGCAGAGGCUGGAGUUGUUGGUUGUAUGAACAACUUGUACCAAAGUGUUGAAAACCUCGAUGUGGAAGAUCUUUUCAUAGAGCAUUGCAAAACCAUGCUGCUAAAUCCAAGAAAUCGCUAUCUGAAGUAUUGUACGAGGUUGAAAGUGAACAUAGAUGAUUUAGGGUCCGAGAAGUGUUAUCACUGUUCAGGUUGGACAACGCGAACAUAUUGCUCAAAGCAAAGCUAUUUCAUGAAUGUUGAGUGCCCAUGUAAAGGGAGGUUUAAUCAAGAGACUAUUCUAACUGAGUCUUGUAGUGAUAAGUACCUAUUUCUUAUAGGAGGGAUAUCAUAUCUAAUCAGUGACGACUUGCAAUUCAAGCCUGCUUCUCUAACUACUCUUUUCCAGAUGCUUUCUAAUGUUGGCCUGAGUGAUAUGAAUCAGAUUAAGGAGAUGAAUGUAGAAGUUGGCAGGAACGAGGUGAUUCGUCUACUUGCUCGUUCAUUUAUUUCUAAGACUCCCUUGUCUGAUGUGUUUCUGCCCAAGCAAAAACAAAGAAGGGCACAAGUGGACACUGUAACAAUGUCCGAGUCUGGAAAUUUGUCGUCCAUUUCUGAAAAUGGAACGAGUAAUAGCACCAAGAAGUUGGAGCUGAAGCUAACAGUAAGGAAGUCUACAAAGAAGGUCUUGUGUGCAGAAGCAGACAAUGAUUUUAUUGAUUUUCUCUUCAACUUCUUGACGAUUCCUAUAGGAUCAAUUGAAGAUGUUCUAAAAGGGAGUUCUGGCUUGAGAUGUAUCGAUAACUUCUAUAAAAGUGUGGAGGCUUUAGAUUCGAAAUGGUUCAAUAUGCCUCCAAAGCAGAAUAGUUACCAUAGUGAGGAUAAAUCUAAUGACAACUUUAAGACAAUAUUACUCAAGCCCAAUGUUGCCACACAUUAUAAUUCUGAGAAUCAGCUGCUACAGAUUUCAGAAGGAAAAUCAGAAUUUUACAAUUUGCAUGAUCCAAGGCAACACAUAAGGGGUAGUCAUGUUCCCAAAUUUCGUAAGUUCGCAAAGGAACCCUCUGCUUUCUACGUUAUGGACAAUUUGGAAGUAAGACCUUUGUCUUCUGCAUCAACUAUUUGCCUACUUCAAGAACUAAAUGUGCCCAUGAAUGAUAUUGAAGAGCAAAUGAUCAGUUUUGGCGAGUCAGAAGCAUUGAACUUGCUGAGGGCCUCUUUGACAUCAUCAUCAUCAGCUUUGGCAGAGGGCUUAAAUCACAAGUUGAGGCAGCAAAUAGACGAAGAUGUGAAGUGUAAAACGGAGAAACUUUUUUAGCAAACACAUAGAUAACUCUCUUGUGUUUUAGCCUCAAAACUUGAUCCCCUGUGGCCUGUACAUCAAAACCUGCAUGCAGGGCUGAGUAUUUUUUUGUUGACUUCUAUAGAUAUGAUUAGUCCAGUAAGUGUUAAUUUUGUUCUAGUUGAUAAGAGGGUAAAUCUAAUUACAUGUCAUAGCUGCAAGCUACUCUAAAAGUAACAACUCUUUACUAGUACUAGUAGAUUUGGACCACUUUUUUUGUCAUAUGCUGUUCUUUAGCAUCUGGUGCUAAUGCAAUAUUCUCUAUUUUCUAUUUCUUGGAUUGAAAUUCUCAUUCCGGA